AUGGUAACUGCCCAAGAGUAUGGAGCUGAUAUAGUUCAACCAAGGUCUUCUCCUGUUACAGGUUCCUUCAGCAGGGACCUAAGUCUUGAAGCUGAUGUAAGUGAAAGCAAUGCUGGGGCUGAUCCUGAGGCUGAUCAAACAGUGCCUGAAUCAGAUGGAAAUAACACAGUUGCUGUUUAUGGUGAUGUGAACUCUAAUAGUCAGGAUUGCUUACACAAUCAUUACAUCAAAUUGAGUGAAUUGGUGAAGAACCGGAAGCUGAAUGAUUUGCUCGAUUCCUUGGAUUUCAAUCAAGUCGUCAUCUUUGUCAAGAGUGUAAAUAGAGCUGCCGAGCUGAACAAAUUGCUUUUGGAGUAUAGUUUUGGAUGUGGCGACGAUUUGCAGUGUGGGAGGGUGGUGGGCGACGAUAAUCCGAUGGGUUUCUGGUGUUCAUUUGGUUUUACGGGGAUUGGAGGAGAAGAAGAUUUGAAUCUAAAAGAAUUACCAGCUUUUGUCGUUAUGGAUCCAUUUGAUAUGGUUUGUUUCGUCGCAGAGCUCCGCAAAGGGUUUGGCUGA